CUGCCGAAACGUAAACGAAACAAACCGUUGUAUUGUGUUUUUAGUUUUGUGUUCAUUUAAAAGUUAGUUAGCGAGUAAAAAUGAGUAAUAGGAAAAGCACAGAUGUCUUCACGCCGCGGAGAUCGUUGCGAAUCAGCAAAUUGGAAAUGUCCAUGAAAGAAGAGGAUCUUCGGACCUCCUUGGGUGGCAGUGCAGUUGCGAGUCGUACUCCACGCCGUCCAACACUGAAGCCGACAAACGAUGAAGAGGAACGACUCUCGGGGCCACAAUCCUCAGAGGAGCAUUCCAGCGGCGGGCUUCCGAAAAACCAGAAAAAACGGAAUAAGAAGUCAAAAAAGCAGAAGGCAAAAGCCAAUCAGAAAAGAAAGCAGGCGAAGAAGUUGCAGACCCAAGACAGUAACAGUGAUAAUGCCGAGGAAGUGCAGGAGAGUAAAGGCUCAGAUGAAGCAUCAGAGAGUGGAGUCGAUAAUUCCCCUGUAGACACUAACAUGUUGGAUGAUGCUGAAGGAGAAGCUCCCCUGAUGGAAACUGUCCCUAGUCCAGUAGGAGUUGAUAUGAAACCUGACGGUACCAACGAAAUUUCCGAGUGCGCGGAUGCGGUUGAUAUUUUGUCUCACUCUCCAAUCUCCAGCAGUACUGAUCGGGAAAAGGUGAUCGAUUUAGUGACACCAGACCUAAUGCAAAGUGAAUCAUUUCCUACAAUUGGAAACUCUCCCCAAAAACAUCCCGAAAGUGAUGCGGCUGACGGUGAGGAACUCCCCGAGGAGGCUGAGCGAGUUUUGGAAGAAACUUUUGAGUUACCUCACUCGGAGACAGGCCUAGCAGAGGAGUCAGCUUGCAUUACGGAUAGCGAUGCAGACAAUGCUUCAGAGAAAGCAACGAGGAUGAAAUCUUCAGUGGGUGAACCUCGUUAUUCGAGUACGCCUGCAAAGCGUUCCUUGGAACGGAGAAGUACGCCCUUAAAGCCAGUAACGGAGAAUUCCGUCGAGAAGGUAAGGACUUCGGACGUUGCCUUAGCUACGCCCAAGCAGUACAUACUCGUGACGCCGCUUUCAGCAAAUCAGCCGACGAAAACUCCGCUGAAGUCAGCUUUGCGGCGGUCACGGCGUUCCAUGUCUGUGGACACUGGGUUGAAUACCACAGCCAAGAAAGGUGUAAUGUUUCACAGUCCUUCGAACACGACCAUUCUCAUCGAUGAGGUGGAUUCAAUAAUGAAGAGUAAAAAGAAACAACCAGCUGUGGACGGUGAAGAAGAGGAAGGCAAAUAUGUUUCCGUUCGAAGGAAGCGAUCAUUGUCUUUGGCAGAAACGGAGGAUGAAAAGGAGUUCAUUAAACAACUGCAGCCAAAUAACGUAGAUGCCUCUCACGCGAAAAAUACCAAACGAGAUCCAACACCAUCAUCUCGUGUUAAAUUGCCAAAUUUCGCGGCCAUACAUCAACAACAAUUUGAGAAAAUGGAAUCGAUAUGGGAUCAUGUAGCGCGCAAAACUGAAAGAGCGAAGGUUCUUUCCAGCUCCAAACCGAAAGAAGAUAAGAGUAAUCUAAAGGGAUCACAAAAGAAGGAAGUUAAACAACCAGGUGAAGCUACGAGACCUACAGCUGCUCCACCGAAAGCACGACAGCGCAUCGAACUUUCAAAUAUUAAAGUGUCUAAUGAUGUAGCCUCUAAGACUGGAACAAAGGUUUUGCCGAACCCUAAUCCGAAAGAAGAUAAAGAAAAAUUGAAUGGAUCGCUGAAAAAGGACGUAAAACGAUUAAAUGCACCUCCGAAGCCAAUAAAUGUACCCUUCAAACCCCGACAAGGGGUUACACUUUCAAAUAACCACGCAACCAAGCCUGUUUUAUCGAAAGCUAUUAAAACUGUUGCCUUGGAGGCUAGAAAGAAAACUCUCACCACUACCAAGUCAACGAAGCCAACAGAAGUUGAGGAGAACAAACCUAGAGCAACAACAGCCCCACUUCAUAAAACUAUUACUGCAAAACCAGCUGAUCGACAGAAAGACCACAUGAGUAUGUAUAAAAGUAGUGGCCAUUCAGUUUCAACGAUUUUGCAAGAUGAACGGAAAGAACAGAAAGGAUACGUUACCGGAGUUCGAUCAAAUCGGAGAUUUAUGCUUCAAAUGCAGCAUCGUGAUCGAAUUAAGUAAUAUGUGAGGGACUUAACUGUGUGACUUCUAAUUUUAAUAUUUUUUUAAUGUAAUUGGUCGAAAUGAAAAUUUAUUUUUAAUCUAACUAUUCAGCUCUCCUUUCUAAUUAUUUGUAUCUAUUAACUAGUAAGUAAAUAUUUUUAGAAUAAAAUGAAUGAGACGUCCAAA